GUCCCGACUCCGGCGACCGGCGGGCGGCGGCUAGGGCGGGCUUGGCUGCUCCGGCCACCAUGCGGGUUCUCCCCCUUGCCCUCGUCGCCGCCAUAUUCUCCGGGGUGACCGCCAUCCUCAUCUACCUCUCCGGCCUCUCCUCAUAUGGCGGCGCUAGGGUUUCGGAUGCGGACCUGGCGGCGCUCGGCGCGCUGCAGAGCGGCUUCAGCAAGUGUGUGGCUGCAAAUGGGCUAGGGUUGCAAGCAAUUUCAGGAGAGGAUUACUGUCGAGUUGUAAUACAGUACCCAGGCGACACAGAUUCUAAGUGGAAAGAUCCAAAAACUGGAGAACCUGAAGGUUUAUCAUUUGAGUUCAAUCUAUGUGAAGCUGUGGCCUCAUGGGAGCAGGUCCGCAAGAGCACAACAAUACUCACAAAGGAGUACAUUGAUGCGUUGCCAAAUGGUUGGGAGGAGUAUGCAUGGCGCAGGAUCAAUAAAGGAAUCCUUCUGAACAAGUGCCAGAACAGGACUCUUUGCAUGGAAAAGCUUUCAUUAGUUCUGCCUGAGACACCACCAUAUACACCUCAGCAGUUUGGUAGUUGUGCUGUAGUUGGAAACUCUGGGGAUCUUCUCAAAACUAAAUUUGGGGAUGAAAUUGAUUCUUAUGAUGUCGUUAUUAGAGAGAAUGGUGCACCCAUCCAGAACUAUACAGAAUAUGUUGGGACAAAGAGCACAUUUCGCCUUCUUAACAGAGGAUCUGCAAAGGCACUAGAUAAAGUUGUUGAAUUAGAUGAAACAAAAAAGGAAGCACUGAUUGUCAAGACAACAAUACAUGAUAUCAUGAACCAAAUGAUUCGGGAAAUUCCAAUAACCAAUCCAGUAUACCUCAUGCUAGGCACAUCAUUUGGUUCCUCUGCUAAAGGAACUGGUCUUAAGGCUCUUGAAUUCGCUCUGUCUAUCUGUGACAGUGUCGACAUGUAUGGAUUUACAGUAGACCCAGGAUACAAGGAAUGGACAAGGUACUUUUCAGAGUCCAGAAAGGGACACACUCCACUACAUGGGAGAGCAUAUUAUCAAAUGAUGGAAUGUCUUGGUCUUGUAAAAAUCCACUCACCUAUGCGAGGUGAUCCUGGCAGAGUAAUAAAGUGGCUUCCUACCAAGGAGACCAUUGAAGCUGCUUGGGUUGCUGCUGAGAAGCUGUUGAGGAGACCUGGGGCUGGAAGCAGUGGCCCUUUGAGCACUUGCACCAUGAUAAAGAAGCGAGAGAAAGGGAAGGCGCCGAAAAGAUCUGUUGUUCGUGAUGCUGCCAUGAAGCACCUGGAGUACAUGAAAGGUGCCACCAGGUACCCACUGGAGCGGAAUGCUGGGGGUGGUUACCUAUGCAUGAUCAGCGACAGAUAAAUAUAUAGCUGCCCAUAUUCCACAUGGGACGUAGAUGAUGAGGAAACACAAAUGGCAGAGUUCAUGGUAAUUUGGUGCAGGCUGCUGUACCCGGAUGAAUUCGUGGUACAGACUUUUUUGAGGGAAUUUUGGAGCUCUUUUUUUUUUUCAGAGCCGGCAGUUGAGACGAUUUGACACAUAAGUUGUCACAAUGUGUUGUAACUUACGUGGAAUCUACACAGUUGUUGUGUGAUAGAAUGACAGAUAGCUGGGCGGUUGGCUGUGGAAUUCAUCGGAUUGUUAAAUUUGUCACCUGUAACUAGAGUCUGGAAUAUGUACAUGGAGCCUGUAGUUUGUUGGCAGUAGUAGUAUUUGAUUGUCAUCACAGCCUGAAACUU